ACCCAUGGAGCCCCUGGGACUGGUCGUGCAUGGGAAAGCUGAACCUUUUUCCGCAGCACUCCGAAGCCUCGUCAACAACCCACGAUACAGUGAUGUUUGCUUCGUGGUCGGUCAAGAACGGCAGGAGGUGCUAGAAGUGCUGACAGCGGCUGUGGAAUAUGGGCUGGAGGAACUGAGAGAGCUGUGCCUGCAGUUUGUGGUGAAGGUGCUGGAUGUGGAGUUGGUUUGUGAGGCCCUGCAGGUGGCCGUAACCUUUGGCCUGGGGCCGCUGCAGGAGCGCUGCGUGGCUUUCAUAGAGGCCCACAGCCAGGAGGCCCUCAGGUCCCAAGGCUUCCUGGAGCUGUCAGCGGCCGCGCUGCUGCCCCUGCUCCGCAGCGACAAGCUCUGCGUGGACGAGGCUGAACUGGUCCGCGCGGCCAGGAGCUGGGCGCGCGUGGGCGCGGUGAGUGGGGCUGGGGGAGCGCAAGGGCACGGAAGGAGGUGCGGGCCACAAGCCCAGCGAGCGGGUGGCAGGACAAGUGCCUGA